AUGCAGGUGAUAGAGCCCGACCUGAGCCCAGAUCCCCCUCAGCUGAUCAGUGAGAUGCUCAGAAACCACCUGACAGAGUCUGUACAGAGAGCUCCACCCCUCCUGCACCCCCCUCCCCUCCCCCUGCUCUUUGAGCCGCGUCCUCUCUGCGUCAGACUGCUCCAUUCAUGAAAAGUGUGACGUGAGCAGGUCUUCAGCGACCCGGUGACGCUGCCAGCCACCCACUCACAUCGCAGGUGCUGCGGGAGUUGGAGGAAUGUCCGUCACUCUCCCUCUAUCCCUGCUUUUUCGCCGUUUUUCUCCAUCUCUACCAUCGCUUCAGUUUUCACUCCCCUGGUUUUCUUCCCCCCCAUCCCGUCCUUGCCUCAGAGCUUUGAGAGGACCAUGGAUCUGAACUCUGUCUGCUGUGAGUAAUCUGCUGAUGCUGUGUCUUUGUCGUACAUCUGCGUGGAAGCGGUGCGAUGUGGAGGUGAUUUUCAGCAUUCAGUCAAACCCGUGUGUUAGGACGCGGCCCGCUCACUGUCACUGGGUAGCCCAUGCACGUGCACGACACCAUGGGUAGCUCCCCCGAGGUGCUUUCGUGGACGUCCUGCCCCAGUCUGCUUGUGGGCAAGCUGAAGGAGGAGCUCAAACUCACCGUGGUCGGGGACAACAUGAAGAAAUCAAACGCUCCCAACUCCCAACCUCAGCCUCCUCAGGCACCUCCACUACCUCCUCAGAUUAUCACAGACCUCGCCCCGCCCACGCACCUGCCCGUCCCCUUGCAGACGCCCGUUCAGGACGAGGACUCAUUGCUGGGGGGUGUAACUCCCCUAAACAUAGCCUUGAGCGUGGACUCGACACGGAGCGAGGGCGGACACUUUGACAACAGCGUGCUCCAGCUGCAGGAGCAGAGCCACGAGGAGGCCGGAUCGCCCGCCCCCUGUGAGCACGGCUGCGGGAGUGUGACGGAGGAGCAGAUAAUAGAUGGGGACUGUCUCAUGGACCACAGUGAAGAGGAGAGGCUGAGUCACCUCCAUCCUCACCCCGAUGACAUUAAGCUGCACUUCCACAGAGCGGGGCCCGGCUCAGGUGGGUUCUUGGAGGGGCUGUUUGGCUGCCUCCGGCCUGUCUGGAACAUCAUAGGGAAAACUUACUCCACAGAAUACAAGCUACAACAGCAAGACAUGUGGGAGGUUCCAUUCGAGGAGAUCUCAGAGUUGCAGUGGCUGGGCAGCGGUGCUCAGGGCGCAGUCUUCUUGGGAAAAUUCCGCUCUGAGGAGGUGGCCAUCAAAAAAGUGCGUGAGCAGAAGGAGACGGACAUCAAACACCUGCGAAAACUCAAGCACCCAAAUAUCAUCAGCUUCAAGGGUGUGUGCACCCAGGCGCCGUGUUACUGCAUCAUCAUGGAGUACUGUGCUCAGGGACAGCUGUAUGAGGUGCUGAGGGCCGGGAGGAAGGUGACCCCCAGGAUGCUAGUGGACUGGGCCACAGGCAUCGCCAGCGGCAUGAACUACCUGCACCUGCACAAGAUCAUCCACAGAGAUCUCAAGUCUCCCAAUGUUUUGGUCACAUACAACGACACUGUGAAAAUCUCUGACUUUGGAACGUCCAAAGAGCUCAGUGACAAAAGUACAAAGAUGUCAUUUGCGGGUACAGUGGCCUGGAUGGCCCCAGAAGUGAUACGAAAUGAGCCUGUGUCGGAAAAAGUAGACAUCUGGUCAUUUGGGGUCGUCCUGUGGGAACUUUUGACCGGAGAGAUUCCUUACAAAGAUGUGGACUCCUCCGCCAUCAUUUGGGGUGUUGGCAGCAACAGUCUCCACCUUCCUGUCCCCUCCACCUGCCCGGAUGGCUUCAAAAUCCUCAUGAAACAAACAUGGCAAGGCAAGCCCAGGAAUAGGCCUUCGUUCCGUCAGAUACUCCUACACCUCGACAUUGCUGCUGCUGAUGUCCUGGGAGCUCCUCAGGAGACCUACUUCAAGUCUCAGUCAGAAUGGAGGGAUGAAGUGAAGAAACAUUUUGAGAAGAUCAAAAGCGAAGGCACCUGCAUCCACAGGCUGGACGAGGAACUGAUCCGACGCAGGAGGGAUGAGCUCAGACACGCACUGGAUAUCCGGGAGCACUAUGAGAGGAAGCUGGAGAGAGCCAACAACCUGUACAUGGAGCUCAGCGCCAUCAUGCUGCAGCUGGAGGUCCGAGAGAAGGAGCUCAUGAAGAGAGAGUCGGCAGUGGAAAAGAAAUAUCCAGGAACCUAUAAGCGCCACCUGGUCCGACCCAUCGUCAGGUCCAACGCUGUGGAGAAGCUCAUCAAGAAGAAGAGCAGCAUGUCCCACAAACCUGGGAUGUCCAACACUAAACGGCCGGAUUUGCUUCGCUCUGAAGGCAUCCCCGGCCUGGACCCUCUCCCCUCCCCCUCGCCUCUCUCCGCCAGCCCCAAGAUCUCCACGCCUCCUGGAAAAGCCCGAUACCGCAGCAAGCCUCGCCACCGCCGCGCCAACAGCAAAGGAAGCCACAGCGAGUUCCCCGGCCUGCUGAGGCCGCUCACUGCGGCGUUAGAAGACUCCCUGUCUCUUCAGGAGCAGCCGUUCCUCCAUCACCACCACCACCACCUCCCAACAACUGAGGGGCCUCUCCUCCCCUUAAAGGGCCGCGAGGAGGCCGUGGUCAACUGUGCCAACAACCUUCGUUACUUCGGCCCCGCCGCCCCCCUCCGCAGCCCUCAGACGGACCACAUGCAGCGUCGCGUUUCUGGUACUAAUCCUGACCUCAUAUCUACCGCUGUGGAUGCAAACACACGACAGCGGACUUCAUCCACCAGCGCCAGCCUCGUUCCAGGUGCUGGUGCUGCAGCUGGUGCUGGUGCUGGUUCUGGUUCUCUGUGCCCCUGCUGCCAGGCUCACCCCUUCCCCGGCUGCCUACACUGUCAGGAGACCCCUCCUGCGGCCAGCCACCCGGAGUUGCCUCACUACUCCCUGCUCAACACCCAGGAAGGCUCAGCGUCUUCUUUAGGGGCCCAGAGCAAAGCCUCAGACGGAGAGGCCCCAAAGAAAGCCGAGCCGCAGGAACAACAGGCAUCCCAACGCACUCACACCCUGCCCAGCGCCCUGCCCCGCACCCUCAGACCCCUCAGGAAGGGUGGAGAUGAGUCGUCUGAAGAGGAGGAGGGAGAGGUCGAUAGUGAAGUGGAGUUUCCACGGAGACAGAGACCUCAUCGCUGUAUGAGCAGCUUCCAGUCCUACUCCACCUUCAGCUCAGAGAACCUGUCGGUGUCUGAUGGGGAGGAGGGGAACACCAGCGAUCACUCUCACAGCGGGCCCCUGGAGAGGCUGAGCGCCAGUCAGGAGGAGCACCUGGACGAGCUGCUGUCGCACACGCCGGAAAUCCCCAUCGACAUCUCCACCCAGUCAGACGGCCUCUCCGACAAGGAGUGCGCCGUCCGCAGGGUGAAGACCCAGAUCUCCCUGGGGAAACUGUGCGCCGACGAACACAGCUACGAGAAUCCACUUCAGUUUGGGGACUCAGACUGUGAUACGUCUGAAGCAGAGUGCUCCGAUGCCACCAUCAGAAACAACAAAGCUCCUUCCUCGUGGUGAGACCCGCCCCCAGGGAUCGGCUUCUUUUUCAUGCCUGGAGGCCAUCCGGUCCCACUCUGCCCCGCAGCAGAUACAGCAAUAAGAGGACGACAUUGUAAACAAAGCUCCUUAUAGCAAAGCCCCAUGCAAUCUCUCCCAGAACAUCCCUUAGCUUCAUUGAAAAAAAAGAACGUUCUCUCUCAUCUCGAGCACAGCAUCCAGGCAACCCAUGGCAGGGAUCCCCCUUUUGAAUGAUGAUAUACAGUAGAACAUUCAUAAUUUAUUUUUGUCUGAGUUUUGAAGGAAAAUCUGUAAAUUCUCUGAAUCUGAACAGACAUAAAACUUGAAAACUGAGCAUGGGCUACGUGUAUGAUGAUGAUGAUGAUGAUGAUGAUGAUGAUGAUGAUGAUGAAAUACCCAACCAACAAGGACCUCCCCCUCUUACUAAAGAUCUACCUGCUUUAUUAUGAGCCCUGGUACCCUGCCUCCCCAACUUCCGUCUUGUCCAGGGAGCUUAUAAAAACACCAGCAUGAACAACCUACCUAGCAGCCGGACUCCUAGAAAACACGUGUCUCAUCCGUCAGCAGGGUUCCCGUCCUAACUGUCCAAGCAUGCCUGUGCAGUGCGCAAAAAUGCACACCGCUGCCAGAGGACUGCAUGAAGUGCACAAGCUAUCAGUGCAAUGAAGACUGACAGCUAAGGAGAGGAUAAAAAAAACCAAAAACUCUUCCUCUUGAAACAGCUCACCCUCUCCGAGACACGUCAUUGUCAUCAUCAAUCAGACGUUUAGGGAGUUAUCAGUGUGUGUGUAUGAAAACAAAGCCCUUUCAUUCUCCAUUAGACAUUAUAGUUUCAAGUCUCAUCUCAGGAUUGUUCGAGGACUGUGAGAAACUGGACUGGACCAAAAAUUGUGUGUAGGAAUCCUCUUUGAGCGGCACAUACUACAGACCAUAUGGGAAUAUUAAAAAGGGUCCUACAGAUAGCCUUGAUGUUCAACUUUUUAUUGCUGUACCAGACGUAAAAUGUAAUGUAGAAAAGUAGAGCGUUUCAUUUGCUAUCCAGGUGCAGUAUCCCAUUUUUGAAAUCCAUAGGUGCAGCAGUUCUAAUUUACCAUUUUUCUAGCAGGGUAAAAAGUUGCUUUCUGUGCUGUCAUGGUUGAAACAGCAAUAAUGUAGUGUUGGCGCUCAGGUGAGACAGAAGGUGCUUGCUCAGGAACCGGGGCGUCUAGCAGGCUAGACAUAAAAAAAACUGGCUAGAGGAGAGAAGUGUAAAAUGGAUGCUAUAUUUUUAAAUUGUCCCCUUUUUAUGAACUCACUUUUAAUGCUCAGGGUUUGUGUUGUUGAGAGCAGGAGCAAUAUAUCACCAGCCACUAGAUGGCGGCAUUUACAACUGCUUACUUCUUCUUGUGUUUUGUAAAUGUCCUUAAAGUUUCCCUCCACCAUCCAAAAUGUAGAAUCCCGGCAAUAUCACUAUUUUUGCCUCUGAAAAGGAUACUGCAUCUGUGAGAGCUUUUUUAAACUACUUAUUUUUAUCCCUUUUAGAGUGUUUGUCAUCCAUCUUAAGGAUUCUGCAUUUCAGAAAUAGCCAGCCAGGGUUGAAUUUAACUUUAAUGAUGUCAAGAUGUCAGCUCAAGUGUACGCUGAAGGCCGAGAUAAAGUUAGGAAUAAAAGCCAGAGACGAGGCCCCGGAGCAAUAAAGCUGCUCUUGGUUUUCAACAACCUCAUCUCAGUGUUAGUUACUCCUGUUGUAUAUAAACAUCUGUAAAUGUAAUGUAAUGUUUUUUUGUCCUCUCUGUCCUCUUCUGUCACUGCAAACCAGCGCGACUGGUUGAAAACGAGCAGGAAAUUCUGUUAUCCGUGUUGUAUCAGUAUUGACAGGAAUUUGUGAGUCACGAGAAGCGAGUAGCACAAGGUGAAUCUGUGCUGAUGGAUCAAUUACCUUUUUGUUGCUUAAAUGCUUUGGAAAGUCUUCGCCCCGCUUGCAAAAGCAGCUGCUGCCUUUCCUGGAGCCUCCUUCACCCUUCUUCACUCUGUUUACGUUUGUGUGAAAUAACCUGGUGUAUUAUAAUGACUAGGUAAUCCGAUCAAUAUCCUGUGAAGUAUGAUUGUUGUUCAGAUUUAAUUUAAUUUUGAUUCUUGUUUUUUUUUUCUUUCUUUGUAGCUGGCCUACAUGAUUAUUGAAUUAAUUUAUUUUGAAUGACUGGUAAGGUGUUCUUUAAUUUCAGGCAGCUUUAGAAAUGUCAUGACCUAGGAUUUCUCCUGAAAAAAAGUAUUAUUUAAAGGAAGCACAAUUUAUUGGUAUGGGAAGAUGACAGUAUUUGUAUGGGAGAACAAAAAGCGUUGUCAUAUCAUUGCCAUGAUUUUCUUCUUUGUGACCCUGCAGGGGACCGUCGAUCAAUGACAUUAAAUAGUAAUAAUUAAGCAGACUUUACAUCAAUAAUUCACAACAUUGGACAUUCCUAAAGUUUUUAAUCUCAACAUAGACACUAAGGAAUCACUUCUACUACAACCAAAAGCAGUCAGUGGACUGUCACAGCAGGGUAAUGUCUGAAGGCAUGUGUGAUGCCGUUUCUGUGCUUCUGCAAAGAUCCCUACUUGUCCUUUUUAUUCAAAACACCAGUUACUAACAUCUGAAUUUCUGUGAAAUUGUCUCUAACUGAAGACAUCAUCUUUGCCUCAUCCCAUGUAUCAAACAUCUGUUUCUUUGUUAAUCUUAUUUCUGACUCCCUUUCCUGUUGAAUGGCAUUACGAUCAACCAAUCCUGUCCGUUUCCUGUAUUAUCCAGUGUACGGUGCAAUGGGUAUCUGGGAGAAAUAAAAUCUGAGCAAACAACUGCAUGGAAUAAAUGCUGAUGUACUGUACCCAA